AUGGCUCAAUCAGCAUUGACUAAUAUCGCGGCGGCGAUUCCUCCACCUCCAGUCUUCUUGGCCGUUCCCGGCACACCUGUACAGGUCUGGCCGGCGUGGAAAGAGGCCUUUCUUUCGUACCUCCAUGCUACCGGUAUCCACGACGUUCCGCCGGCUCAGAAGAAGCAUGUCCUUUUUUCGAUGUUGGGAGUAGAAGGGCAGCGCAUUGUCUCUGCUUUUCAGCUGAACACCGUGCCGGCCACGGAGCAUCUGAACGAGUUUGAAGCGUUUUUAGCCGCGCUCGAAAAACACUUUGAAUUUUCGGGAUGUGUUGCUUUGGAGCGCAAGAAACUGCGCUCUCGGACUCAGCUGCCUGGAGAGACAGUUUCAGAAUUUCUGGCUGCUCUAAGACAUCAGGGUUCUUUUUGUGCAUAUGGUACUGCACUAGACGAACAUCUGUGCGACGUGUUCCUUGAGGGCCUCGAUUCCAGACGAGUUCAGGACCGUAUCCUACGUGAGUGCGUUGGCACUGCGGUACCUACACUUAACCGGGCAGUACAGCUCGCUCUACAAUUCGAGCAACUGGCUCGGACCUCCGAACAAUUUCACCAACGCCAGACGUCGGUAUCGGGGACAUCUUCAAGCUCCGGUGAAGUCCAGUACGUACAUCGAGCAACCCCGUUUCGAACAGGUGCACGCACCAAGAUGGUCAAGGGCGACUGGCAUCCCAGAUGGGCCACUUCGCCGCUGUUUGUAGGAGUCGCCAACCACCGUCAGAUCCCUUCGUAUAUGAUCAACGACAAGCAUCCCUUCCUUCCCGGGGCCACGCCCAUGAACGUCAACACGGCCCUUCACCUCCGUGGAGAUCCGGCCCAGCCACGAUUCAGUUACAUCCACCUCCACGAAGACUUGUUCACUACAUGCAUGAAACCAUUCCUGUCCUUGGAAGCUUCACUGGCCAAGUCAUUUUUAAGAACCGUUUUGCAUCACUGGAGUUCUAUGUCUGUCAAAAUGGACGUUCCUUACUCGGCAUCGAUGCUGUGCGCGAGUUGCAAAUUACUCUGUCGGGAGCUGAUCACAGCUGCUCUUAUGUUAACGCAGCUGACGGAAGACCGGACCCCCAGCAGGAUGUGA